AUGGUGGUUCCCGUGAUCGACUUCUCCAAGCUGGACGGCGCCGAGAGGUCGGAGACUCUGGCGCAGAUCGCCAAUGGCUGCGAGGAGUGGGGGUUCUUCCAGCUCGUGAACCACGGCAUCCCGCUGGAGCUUCUCGAGCGCGUCAAGAAGGUGUGCUCCGACAGCUACCGCCUCCGGGAGGCCGGGUUCAGGGCGUCGGAGCCGGUGCGCACGCUGGAGGCGCUCGUCGACGCGGAGCGGCGCGGCGAGGAGGUGGCGCCCGUGGACGACCUGGACUGGGAGGACAUCUUCUACAUCCACGACGGCUGCCAGUGGCCGUCCGACCCGCCUGCGUUCAAGGAGACCAUGCGCGAGUACCGCGCCGAGCUGCGGAAGCUGGCCGAGCGCGUCAUGGAGGCCAUGGACGAGAACCUCGGCCUCGACAGGGGCAGCAUCAAGGCCGCCUUCUCCGGCGACGGCCGGCACGAGCCUUUCUUCGGCGCACCAAGGGUCGGCGGCCUGGAGGUGCUCAAGGACGGCCAGUGGACCGACGUGCAGCCGCUCGCGGGCGCCAUCGUCGUCAACACGGGCGACCAGAUCGAGGUGCUCAGCAACGGGCGGUACCGCAGCGCGUGGCACCGCGUGCUGCCCAUGCGCGACGGCAACCGCCGCUCCAUCGCCUCCUUCUACAACCCGGCCAACGAGGCCACCAUCUCGCCGGCGGCGGUGGCCAGCGGCGGCGGCGAGGCGUACCCCAAGUACGUGUUCGGCGACUACAUGGAUGUGUACGCCAAGCAGAAGUUCCAGGCCAAGGAACCCAGGUUCGAGGCCGUCAAGGCGGUGGCGCCGAAGUCAUCUCCAGCGGCUUAA